CUCGUAGCCAUGGCGACUCAGGCAGCGUUGAUUGCCGACACGAUUAUCGGAAUGAAGAGAGCAUUGCGCAGAGAACGCGAUGACUCUGGACCCGAUGAUGCUAUCAUGCAGCCCACGAAUCGUGGGAAUAAAAUGAAAGCAAACGCGAAAUACGUUCGUGAGGGGGCGAUGGGAUACAUCCAUGCAGAGAAAUUUUACAGAGAGAAAGUCGAACAUGCUGGCUAUACACGCCAUAUUAUACAGCGCAACCCUAUCCGUUAUGAUUCAGAGGGGGAUGAACUCGACGACGAGGAUGAAGAUUCUGAGGCCGAUGCCGCGGCGGCCGAAGAGAACCCGUUUUCGGGGAUUGCACUAGAAACACUCUUGUGUCCCUUGAAGCACCCUUCCGAACUCCCCUCCCACCCUUCGCUUUCCCAAGCGUACACCUCGAAGGCUCUGGACCAGAUGGCAGUCGCCGUCGAAGAGAAAUUGCGACAGGAAAAGGCUCUCCUAUGGCGCGCACGGAAUCUUCACCGUCACUUUCUAGGUGACGCCGGCUGGAUGCCCUGCGGCACCGUGGAAGCGCUCGAGGACCGUUACAUCUUUGAGCCUAGGACUCAAGGCGAGCACACCCGUGGAUCCGCGGAGCAACAAAAUCUAGGUAGACCUGGAACAUCAUCUGCAAAUGGCGAUAUUAAUGGGGUUCCUGAGAUAUCGUCUACAGCAUCCAGGGAAGCGCAUUACGCCCAGAAUGGGACCGAGAGCGAGCUCCAGACCACACAUGACGUGGAGAUGGCUCAAUACCCAGCUGGCUCUGGGGAUCCAACGGCGUACAUCGAUACCGGGGAACCUAACAAGGCCCUCAAAUCAGAAGAAGCCGAUUCUACGGUGAACGACCUCCCACCUCACCCUAAGGGUGCAGACGAACUCGCCCAAGAGAAUGGGAACAACUUCAGCCAGGUGGGGGACAAAAAAGACAAAAUGGACACCUCUAGAGACGGACAGAAGAACGAGUCCAGGGUUCCAAACGCCGAUUCGAAUGAACAACACGAUGAAACCGACCACGAUGCUGAGAUGCACGACGGCUCAUCGCCCGAGCCACCCCGACGUAUGACGACCCGUGCCCAGGCAAAUGCAGCCAAUCCUCAUGACGAAAACCAGUUUCUAUCCUCGGAUACUGUCAGCACCUUUCUCACUCCGCAUCCACUCUUUCUUAUUCCAGAUAACGUCCGCCCUGAUGCAAACUUUGGUCUUCCUGCCACCGAGGCUGAAGAAACACGUCGUCUUCUUUGGUCCUACAUCCAGAAACAGGAGGAGACGGUAAGAGGGUUCGAGACCAUGCUCAACUCCUUGUUCCGGGCGUGCCACAUGAAGGCCGAUGUACUCGAAUGGUGCAAGGCCGAGGGCCACGUGGGUGAGAUGAGCGAUGGUGAAGAUUGGUAUGAUCGUGAGAAAUGGGGUCUGGCGGAAGGUGAGGAUCUCAAAAAGGGAACGGACGAAGACGAAGUGGAGACGGUGGAUGAUAGUCGGACGACGGCCAAACGAGGUCGCGGGCGAAGGGCAUAA